GAGAUUUGCACAGUUGUUAUCCAGUCUAAAGAAAAUGGCGGCAUUUAAACAGUGUUGUUCGUGUUUCUUGGUGUUGCUGACCAUUUGGUGUUUAUUCUAUACAGUAACGAGUAGUCUUGUCGGAGGAAUACAGCCGAUAGAUGACAAGGAUAUUGCUAAAUACGAAGAUCUCUUGAAAGGCUUAGAAUUAGCCGCUGUAGAGGUGAACCGGGAGAUAAAAGAGAAAAUGAAUGACGCCAACAGCAAUCGUAAAUACGGGUUUCUAAAACAAACCCUUCAUGUUUCAAGCCAAGUUGUUCAAGGGUCCUUAUUUCAUGUAACGACUGAUAUGGCUCCUUCAGAUUGUUCUGACCAAGAUCCAAAACCCAUCCUAGAGUGUUCAGUGGAUGGUUCAGAUCCCCUCGUCCAAACACACACGUAUUCGUGUACAUUCAAGAUUUGGUCUCGAGAGUGGCUUCCACCCAAGGAAGGACUACUGGUUGAAGACCUGAAAUGCACGUUAAAAAGCGCUGGCGGAGAAAUCUAAAGUAACUUAUUUCUCAAUUCUGACAUGAGAAUACGAACUCAUAAAACACAUUUUGUCGCAUAAGAAAACUCUAUUUUGUUAUACGCUGAAAUGAAAUACCAACCAGUGUCUUGUGCUGCUGGGAAAUGAUCUUAAUUAAGAUUAAGAGGAAAUUUUUUUCAAUGACGAGCAAUAACGGUAAUGGCAAAAAGCGCCAAAAACUAGACUUUYGUAUGAGUUUUGAUCCCAAUUUUCAUUUUGGGUUAACACUCAAAACGUUUUUUGAACAGUUAGAAACUGAUGUACCAUGAUAUAAUGCCUGUUUGAUUUGUAUUUUCAAUUGUACAAAGAUGUUUUGUUGCAUUUGUGUUAAUAGAAUGUUGCUUUGUUAGGCUUUUUUAUAUGGGAAAUAAGCAAAUGAAAGCCUAAACCUCA